UGGUGGUGGUGAUGGCGGUGGUGGUGGUGGUGAUGGUGGUGGUGGUGACGGAGUAGCUGUAACUCAGGCAGCGGUGAUCCCGUCAAACUCGGACUAUGCAGGCCCGCACAGAUUCGACGUUUCGUUCCAGCAGAGCAGCACUGCCAAGUCCGCUACGUGGACGUUUUCGCCGGAUCUCAAGAAGCUCUACUGUCAAAUCGCCAAGACCUGCCCCAUCCAGAUCAGGGUCGGCGGUGGCCAGACUCAACAGCAGCAGCAGCAACAACAACAUCAGCAGCAGCUGCAGCUGAUGCAGCAGCAGCAGCAUCAGCCGCAGCAUCAGCAGCAGCUGCCCCUACAGCCUGCACCACCGCCUCCACCUCCACCACCGCCGCCGGGCUGCGUCCUCCGCGCCAUGCCCGUCUACAAGAAGGCGGAGCACGUGACGGAGGUGGUGAAGCGAUGCCCCAAUCACGAGCUGGGCCGCGAGUUCAACGAGGGCCAGUCAGCUCCCACCUCGCACCUCAUCCGCGUGGAGGGCAACGCCCUCGCUCACUACACAGAGCAGCCGGCAAGCGGAAGGCAAAGUGUGGCAGUGCCGUAUGAGGCUCCCCAGGUGGGUACUGAAUACACGACAGUACUGUACAACUUCAUGUGCAACAGCAGCUGCGUAGGAGGCAUGAAUCGAAGACCCAUCCUCAUCAUCAUCACCCUGGAGACGCACACGGGCCACGUGCUGGGACGUCGGUCCUUCGAGGCUCGCAUCUGCGCGUGCCCUGGACGAGAUCGUAAGGCUGACGAGGAAAACUUCAUCAAGAUGCAGCAGCAGCAACAGCAACAGCAGACUGCGGAUGGCAAGCUCACUCAAACGUCGGGGAAGAGACUGCCGUUCAAGCACGGACCUCACGGGAUUCAGUCGAGCAAGAAGCGACGAGUCGGUGACGAGGAUCUCUUCUAUGUCCCCAUCCGAGGUCGUGAGCACUACGAGCUGCUGAUGAAAGUGAAGGAAGGCUUGGAGCUCGCUCGCCUCAUCCCUCACCACCUGGCGGAGACCUACAGGCAGCGGCAGGAGCAGCUCGCUCACCGCAGGCACGCUCGCCUCAUCCCUCACCACCUGGCGGAGACCUACAGGCAGCGGCAGGAGCAGCUCGCUCACCGCAGCUCCCUGCCAGGAUACAGCUCUCCCAGUCUCAACAAGAUGUCCAAUUACAGCAGCAACAUCAACAACAUGAACAACAUGAACAACAGCAACAACAUCAGCAGCCACCACCACCACAAACUUCCAUCGGUCAACCAUAUCAUGGGGUCUAACGUGAGAGGAGUCAUGGCCCCCCACGGCGUGGAUUUGGGCUCAGACCCCAGCGGCGGCCAGGGGGGGCCCCUCCCCCUUGGCCCCCCCUCCCCGUCGCCCCUCCCCACAGCCCCGCCCCUCCCCACAGCCCCGCCCCACGCCACAGCCCCGCCCCUACCCACAGAACCGCCCCCUCCAUACGGUGGCUCAGAUGGCUCCAUAUCGGGAUUCUUAGGCCGUCUGGGCUGUGGUAGCUGCGUCGACUUCUUCACAUCACAGGGGCUGGUGAACGUCUACCAGCUAGAGCAUAUCACCAUGGAG